AUGUCGCGCGCCGAGCUCCGUGCGUGCCUCCGCGCCCGCGUCCUCCGCCCUGCGCUGUCUAUUACAUACCGCGAGGCCUCGCCCCCUAUCGGCAGCGAUAUAAAGCCGUCCAUCCUCCAGAUAUGCACUCAUACCCUCUGCUCGUCUCACUAUCGCCUCUGCGGGCGCAGUCCCAACGAUGUCGCUCAGACUGGCUUGCAGGCGACUCGGACACCCUCGGACGACCUGGCCGCAUGUAUUCACGCCUCUGGUCUGGUUGCUGGGGGCGUCCUGACCGCCUCCCUUGUCCUCGGGAAUGUCUGGGGCCCUGUGCACGCAGAUGCCCCGGUCGCAGAGGCCGAGAAGGCUCCCGGGAAGCCGCAGAAGCCUCUGUCUUCUCUCAUACGGUCGUAUGUCGUGUAUUCUAUGUGUUCUAUACCCGCUCUCGUAGACUGGGCCCCGUCGAUACUCGCGACAUUGACGACGAUCCCCGGGCUUAAGCAAGUCACGGAGGCGAUCGUGAGGGUCACCUUCUUCGACCAGUUCGUGGGAGGAGACACCGCGGAGGACUGUCUGCCCCUCCUCGAGCAGCUGCGCGCCGAGGGUAAGGGCUGCCUGUUCGCAUACAGCGUCGAGGUCGAUGAGGCGGAGGCUGCCGGCAACUCCAAGGAGCGUGCGGCGGCGGCGAAGGAGGCCGUCAGACAGAUCUUCCGAGAAACGCUGCACUGCAUAGACGUCGGCGCCAGCUUCGAGGACAAGCAUGCAAGCAGCGCGGACGGCGUGAAGGGGCGCAAGACGUGGGUCGCGAUCAAGCUGACCGCGAUGGUGCCCCGCGCAGAGACCUUGCGCAAUUUCUCGAAGUACUUAGUUGCGACGCGACGUUCAUCCUCACCGGCUAUUCUCUUCCCUGGUCAACCGCACCCGAACGACCUAGCUGUCCUCGCCUUCCCCACAGGCCCGAAGGGCUCACUUUCUCAGGAGGAUAUCGAGGACCUAGCACAGUUGCGUGAUGAUUUGCGAGCGAUCUGUAAGAAGGCACAGGAGCGGGGCGUCAAGAUCAUCAUGGACGCUGAAUACAGCUGGUACCAACCCGCAGUAGAUGCCUUUCUGCUUUCUCUCCAACGAGAGUUCAACGCGCUCCCUCGCCGCUCAUCUUGGUUCAGCAAGUCUCCCGCUCCAGUCACAAUCCAGCCGGUCAUCUACCAGACUUACCAGGCGUACCUGAGACGAACUCCUGAAUAUCUGAAGCACAGCAUCGCGGCCGCCCACGCGGAGGGCUACGCGCUCGGCGCGAAGCUCGUCCGUGGUGCGUACCACCCACACGAGCUCGCCGCCCACGCCUCUGCGUCCGCCUCCUCAGGGGCCUCUGUCGAAGGCUUCGGCGACGCCAGCGGCCUGGGGAUCUCCCCAGACCGCGAGCCGCCCGUGUGGCUCACGAAGGCUGAGACGGACGCGUGCUACGACGCGUGUGCGGCGCUGUUGCUGGACGAGGUGCGCAAGGACGUGAAGCGCGGGGUCCCGGGCGUCGGCGUGCUCUUUGGCACGCAUAAUUGGAAGAGCGUGGGCGGUAUUUUGGAGGGGAUGGAGAAGCUCGGGUUGGCGAAGCGUGUGGACGGCGGCGCGGGUGUGCUGUAUGUGCCUGAUGCGGUUGCGGAGAGGAUCGCGAUGGGGCAGCUGUACGGCAUGACGGACGCGUUGUCAGACUCGAUUGCCGAGCGCACACGCUGCAGCUCGCCUUUCUUGCUGAAGUAUAUCCCGUACGGAGCACUCGCUGAGGUCAUGCCCUACUUGAGCAGACGGGCGAUAGAGAACAAGUCGGUGUUGGGAGAUGGCGCGGCGACUGAGGAACGGAGGCGUGCUGGGGAACUGAUUUGGAAGAGGCUGUUUGGCUGA